GAUACACUUUCAAGCAGUGGUUGAGUGACACCUACUAGCUGCCCCGUAGCUGAGUGCAUGGUGCCAUGUUAUAGCGCUAGUGAGGGCGGGGGCCAAUGGUGUGUGUGCCCGAUCGUGUGGAACAGGGUGUGCAAAUGCUAAUAGCUUCACUGGGGAGAAUGAAAAGGUGCUGGUCAUCUCUGGGGUAAUUCAACUGUCCUCAAGGGAGUUCUGCUGGUUCCCAGCUGCGAUCAGGGCCCCAUUGUGCCGGGCGCUGCACAGACACACAGGGAGAGAGACAGUCCCUGCCCCAGCUGAGAUCAGGUUUCCUGAGAGUCAGUCUGUUGUCCAAGCUGCUGCACCAGGCAGCCUCUCAAUGUCAGCACCUAAUUCAGCCAUUAACGGUGUCUCCUGUUUGUUUCCUCUAGAGGGCACUGGCUGCAAAAUCUGUCCCCCGGACUGGCUGCCACAUGGUGCCAAAUGCUACUGGUUUUCUACAGAGAGUAAAAUCUGGGCCGGGAGCCGUGCGGACUGCUCAGCGAGGAGCGCUGGCAUGGUGGUGAUCCAGGAGCAGGAUGAGAUGGAGUUCCUGGGGAGCAGCAUUCAAGAGAAGUACCUUGUCUGGACUGGCCUCAGUGCGAACGGGACCUGGAGGAAAUGGACCUGGGUGGAUGGAUCCUUGUUAAAUCAGACGCUGUUCCCCGUGAAAGGAGCCGCCGAAGAGAACAGCUGUGGGGUGAUCAAAGGGAGUCAGAUCCAGUCGGAAACCUGCAGCGGUGAAUACAGAUGGAUUUGCCAGAAGGACGCCAUCCAAAUAGACAGAGGAAUAAGCGAUCUGUAGGGCCCUGCCAAUCUGCAGAGAUCCGCUUUAUAUGCAUGCACUAUUUUUGUAGAUUGGAUGCGGAUACAAAUUCUGUAUCUGUGCAGGGCUGUGGCAAUCGGCACUUGCAGAGCCGAGAGGUAAUAACUCCUAGCUCUAAUGUGCAGCGCUGAGAUUUUUAAAGGGGCCUGUAUUUUAUUUUCUAUUAAGUGCUCAGCUGGAACAUAGGAUCCCAAACCUGCAGAGACAGAUGCAUGCGCUUCACUUUAAUCACCUAUGUAGCCCUCUUUGCAGGAUUCAGACAAUGACUCUGGCCCAGACCCUCAAAGCUAGUUAGGUGCCUAGCUCCCAGUAGGAGUUAAGCACUUAAAUACCUCUUGAGGAGAUAGGAGGGGCUGGGCCUUUCUGCCUCAGUUUCCCCCUGCUGGCCCCUUGGUGCUUCUCCCAGGCUGGGCACUCAGAGUCUUCAGACUCUGGGGAGAUGCAGCUUCUGAGCAUGGCCAGCUCUGCUCUGCGCUGUCAAUGGAAGGCUCAAACUUCAGAGCCAAAACCUUUGCCUUCUCCCAUGUCUCUGCCACCUUCCUGCCGCUCACCCCACCGGGCUGCUGGCCAAGGGGGGAGAUGGGAGCAGCAGCCACAAAGGGGUUUGGGGCCCUGCAGCUCUAUCCCCUCCUUGAGGGGUUGUUUAAAGCCGAAAAGGAGGGGACUGAACUGGUGGGGCCUGAGCGCCGUUAGCCCUUAGAGAAGCCACUGUCCAAGUGACACGUGGACAGGCCCAGCUCCCCAGAGGCUGCUCUA